AUGCAGUGUAGCGGGUUCCCUGCACCAUGCAAAUUGUGCUUGCAAAGCGGCAUCGAGUGUACAUUCGACCCUUCGCUCGACGGCCGGCGAGCAGGAACUCGUCUUGACCGUGAAGCCUUGCUUUCACAAAACCGCCUUUUCACGGCACUCCUCCAAGUGGUCCGAUUCCGCUCGAGCUCACAGGUCCAAGCCAUCAUCAAAUGCAUCCGCGACGAUGAUCCGACCCAUGAUAUCUUUGCAACAAUUCAGGAGUGUCUCGAGCAACUCGACGAUGGCCAGACAGCGGUAAGUGGAGCUGAUGGAUCACAACCCGACUUUCAACGACAGCUUCAAGCUCUAUCGCCUGUCGAACAGUCUGCAGCGGACGACUUACUCGAUACUGUCCAUCUACAUAGCGAUACACAUGGCAGAAAAACCGCUCACAAUAUUACCACCCCACCAAGCUACGACGAUAUGGGGGAUGACACCCAGCCAAACGAUGGGCUCAACAACAAUGUCUGCCCAACGUGCAAUCAGACUUCUCACACAUUAUCCGGCGCACUCACUCCUCCAGAAAGCGCUCAAGAGCACCCAGGGCAGCCAGUGGCUGACGAAAGUUACCCAGGAGAAUCCAAUCUCUACAGCGGCAAUGCUCACCUUGUAGACGAAGCGAUGACUUCGGACAGGACGACGCCAUCUUCGACACAGCAAAGCAAUAUCUCCGACUUGCAGCACAAUAGACGGGGAUGGCAUUUCAGUUUGUGCACUGCAGAGACUCAGUCAGCUCAUGCUAAUGGGGCACCGAAAGACGUUCAAGCUGAAGACGAGGCACAUCAAACGGAUGCUUCAUAUGAAGUGGUGGCUAAACACGCACAUGCCAGCCAGGUCGCAGAUGCAGAGAAAUCCUCAACUAUACCCAGAAUCAGUGUCAAAGGUCCAAAUAUCCCCGGCCCUGCCCAUAACCACGUAUCCCCCCUAUACGGCAUCCAAACGCUGGUCGCCCAGGAGAAAACCCCGCUGAGCGACAUCAUCACCGGAUUCAUGGACAGUGCUAAGAACUUGCUCUCCUUUGGUGCCUCGCCGUCCGGAGUUCUUGGCUCGGACGAGAUUGAUGUGGAGCUGUUUUUCCGUGACCGAACUCAAGAGGAUGACCUGACAGUCAGUGGCUGGGCUUGCCAGGUAUGGCGCAGCUUCGACGACUGGGACGUGUAUGUCCGACUUGCGCAAAUUCUAGCCUAUACCAAAGUCAUGCGCUGGAUGCUGGUUCCCACGGCACACUCGUAUGCUGCCAUUCCUGCCAUCCUGAAACCCCGACCGAUUCAAUACUUAGUACCACAUCACAUUGCGCUUGACUUCUUACCACUUCCGCCGUUGCGUGAAGCUCUAAUCAAGAAUCUGAGAGACUGGAUGACGGCUUUACCUGCAGCCCCACUGAGCGUCAACUGGGUUCGCGGGAUGGACGAAGCAGUAGAGUGGGACGAGCCUGGUCGUCGCCGCUUGCUCUCCAAAGACUUCGUGGAACAUGUCACAAACUACCACAACUGGAGCAUUGGUGAAAAUAUCCUUGACACAAUCCCUGAAGUUCAGGGGCUCAUUCGGCUUGAUCGCGUAUGA